AUGUCCCGCUUCACAGACGCAGACGACGACACCUCCCGCCUCCCCCCAGGCUUCCAACGCACGGGCUACGACGCCUCCACACAAACCUACACCUUCACCUCCCCCACCGGCGCCCUCUACACCUCCCUCCCCGGAAACCGCUACGGGGAGCUCCACCCCGCGGGGCAGCCCCCCGUCUCCACACCCGCCGAAACCGCAGCGCGCGAGGAGAAAGUGCGCUCCGGACAUGCGGAGUCGGUGCGCAUGAUGAUGCCGUUUGUGCUGCUUGUGUUGGUGUUUUUGGGGCUGGUGUUAAGGUAUGUUGCGGGUGGGGGUGGGGAGGGGGGGAGGGUAGAGUGUGCUGUGGGCACGGGGGUUUUGAGGGUUAAAGCUGGGGAUACUUGUUGGGGGAUUGCAGAGGGGAGGGGGGUGGGGGUUGAGGAGUUGCUGGCGUUGGGGGGGAAUGAGGGGGUGGAUUGUGGGAGGUUGGGGGUUGGGACGCGGGUUUGUGUGCCGGUUUAG